UUGGUUAUUACGAGAGCACAGUGUAGAAGUACGAGGCCUAUUUCAUUACUGACAUAGGGAAAAAGGGCGCAGCAGGCCGACUUGUUCGUUGUACACGGCUGAAGCUGAAAGUGGCGUAAUCGAAAGGUGUUUUCUCAGAGCCGGUAAUUAAAGUACAGUAAUUUUAAAUAACUCAGUUGUGGGUGAAGCUGAGCAGCGCCAGCGGAGGAGGAGGAGACGUCGUCGGCCUGGACCCCCUCCUCGGUUCUCCCCACAGCAGGCCGGAGAGCGCACAAGCUGUGUCCCUCCACUGCUUCGGACGAACGUCAUUUCUAGGGAAAAGAGCGAGGUGCGGAGAUAUCGGAAUGUACAAACAUCGACAUUUCUGAUGCACAUGUUUCUGUCAUUGAGGCAACGCGGUGUGGCCUGUGCAGUGAGCAUGAGCUGCGCAGGACGCUGUCAUUCUCCAGCCUAGACGCAUGAUGCUCUCCACUGGCCCAUGAUGGACCGAGACACCUUCUCCCACAUUCGACUGUGGUGCCCACGCCCGUUUGGCACCUAUUCCCAGAACAAACUGCGGGGAGGGGCUGCUGGGCCCGGGCCCUCUCUGUGCAAGGCUGAUACAGGGACACGAAUGCCUUCAGAAGUCAGAGGAGUAGGUGAAGAUCAAGAGGAUGUAGGCUCUGAAAACACACCCCCAGACCCAGCUCCAGCUUCCAAUCCCCCUGCACCACCUGCCCCAACUCCUUCGUCACCAGGUUCCCACAUGGAAGAUGGACGGGUGCUGCUAGAUACCUGGUAUGUGAUCAAGCCAGGAAACACCAAGGAGAAGAUCGCCUUCUUUGUGGCUCACCAAUGUAGUGGCAUGGGGCUGCCACGGCCCAGUGCUGUCAAGGUUAAAGGGAACUGGGCUACUGACUGUACCAAGGCCAAGCGACGGCGACGCUGCUCUUCCUAUGAUCCACCCACCCGGGCCCGUGACCCUGGCUCUGAGCCAGGUCCACCAGUGGCCCCUUCCCCUGAGGGUGGUGUGGGAGUUAGUGAAACAGACCUGUUGUCAGUGGCUGAGAUGGUAGCACUCGUGGAACAGCGCACAGCUUUGGCAUUGCAGGGCAUGGUGUCUCAGGGUCCACUGGGCUCUGGCCACUCACAAGACACAGCUCUGCGUAGCUCUACUUCGGAUCCCAGCCCUCUCAUGUAUCUCUCCGAGCCUCCUGAGUCCCGUGCUUCCUCUACCUGUGCUCUGGAGCAGCAGCAAGAGUCGCGGCGUGUAGCGCAGGCGGUUGCUCACUUUGAGCAGCAACAGCAGCAGCUGGAGAAUGGGUUGCUGAGGCCAGGGAGUAGACAGUCUGCAAGGGAGGACGAGCACCACAGGGAAGCCAAUGGCAGGGGUUUGCACAGACGUGGAGAGGUGAGAAUUGCAUUCCGGGUGUCCAGCCUCGACCCUCGCUCCCAGUCAGAGCCGGCAGGACGACCCAGCUGCAUGUUCAUGAGCUGUGGGGGAACUGGGGGCCAGACUGGGGCUCGGGCCAAAGAGAAGAUCACCUGUGAUCUGUACCAGCUGGUCAGUCCCUCCUCCCGGGACCCAAGCCUCCUGUUACCUGCUUCGCCCAAGUCAGACCCCCAUGUGGAAGGACCCUCCCCACGUAGUGAUGUUAAUGCAAGUGUCCCUGGAUCAGAUACAACCCAGGACUCAGGCCUGGGUGAUAAAAAGGCGGUGGGCUGUGAACGUGUGACAGGUUUUCACGUUGAGGUAGUGGUAACGGGUGCUGUUGACCAGUGUAUUUUCUACGGCAAGGAUAGCACUGAGAACGUACAGGAAGAGACUGUGUGUUUCGGCAUGGCUGGAGGUGCCCCAUCCACUGACCCCAGUGAAGAUCCACCACCUGGUCAGCUAUUCUUCCUACAGUCCCCCUGUCCUGAAGAGGAUGUGGCCACCAGCUCUACAGGGCUUCGCCUACCAGAGUGCAGCAGUAGUGACGGCAGCCGCAGUAGUGGGCCAGCUGUGGGGCCUGCCGAGCGGCCAGACUCCCCACUUGGCAGCACCGAAGAAUGCACCGACUCCUCGCUCUGCCGCCUCUAUCGUCAUGUGUCCCAUGACUUCCUGGAGAUCCGCUUCCAGAUCCAGCGGCUGCUGGAGCCCCGGCAGUACAUGCUGCUUCUGCCAGAUCACAUCAUGGUGCACAUAUUCAGCUACCUGCCCACACGGUCAUUGGCUGCCCUCAAGUGCACCUGCCAUGACUUCAAGGCACUUAUCGAGACCUACGGUGUCCGCGCCACUGACUCACGCUGGAACCAGGACCCGCUGUACCGCGAUGACCCCUGCAAGCAGUGUAAGCGGCAGUACGCACGAGGUGAUGUGUCCCUGUGCCGUUGGCACCCCAAACCUUACCACCACGACUUGCCUUAUGGACGCUCCUACUGGAUGUGCUGCCGACGCACUGACAAGGACACUCCAGGCUGUCGGGUGGGCCUGCACGACAACAACUGGGUGCAGCCCUGUGAGCUGGUGCAGACCCGCGCCAAGAGGGAGGAUGGGAGGUGAGAGGGGGUGGGGAACACCCUAAGCACCACACCCCCCACCCUCAUCACAACCCCCUGGACAAUGAGAGGUCUGAGUCACUUUCUUUGUUUUCAGUUUUUUUCCCCCACUUUCCCCAUCGGCUGUCAUGUUUUCAUGAUAUGUGUUUUAACUGUUCAUAUUGAUUCACUGCACAUCUCACUAUUGUUGUACAAGCUGAUGUUACGCAGGAUGAGGCAGUGUCACUGUCGUGGUUUACCCCAACCCCUCAAUCCUGCACACAGCAAAGGAAAAAGAGGUGGGGUGGGAAUCGUGGAGCCAAUCUGUUUGUUUGUGAAUAUGUAGUAGGAGGAAGCAAGUUGAUGUGAUUUUGUUUAAAAAAAAAAAAAAAAAAGAAAGAAAAGUGUGAGGAUUGUUUGCUUUUUGUUUAUUUAGGGUGUGUGAAUUUUUGCUCUGCUUUCGUUUUAUUUCCUGAGGAUAUUCCUGUCCCCCACCCCUUCUGCAGAUGAGGUAUUUUAUUUUUUUUAAAAUACAUUUUUAUUUCAGACUGGGCCUUUUCUGCCAUUCCCCAUCUCCUCACUGCUGGCCGGCAGAGGCCGCAUGUUGCCAAAGCCGCUGUUUGCUCUGCGUGGGGAGCACUGGGACUCGGUCCAUAGAACUCUCAACACCAGCUUUCAGCCUUAACCCUUGGCCCUGCGCCCUGUCCCUCAAACUGCAAUGUCUGUCAGGAAGUAAAGGCCAGUAGUAACCCUGGCCAUUUGGUUUUUGGGAGACCUCUGUAGGCUUUUGAGCUGUACAAUGCUAAUGGGAAUUUCUGCUUCUCAAUUAAACUGAAGUGAUUGAAA